CUCUACUAAAGCUAGCGAGGUGUAUGACUGCUCUACUAAAGCUACGCUUUAUGCUUAAUGUCUAAAUUUACCUAUGAUGAAUCGGAUGAUCAUUCUGCUGAAGGUGCUCUUGUAUAAGACACACUCACGUACGUGCGUGUGCGUGCCAUCCUCGUAUAAUCGGAAAAGAAACAAAAACAGUGGUUGUGCUGCUCUCGAGCGACCCUCGUGUACUGGAUUCAACCCGACCGAGUUCAACCGAGCCCACAGAGGCACGGACGGACAGACCACUCGUUUCCUUCCUCACCGCCCUCCGCGGCGAACACGCCUCCCUCUCCCUCCAUGCAGAUCAAGGCAUCCUUCCACCGCAAUUGCACCUCUCUCCCUUCUCUCGUAGGCACCCUCGUCGUCCUCGCCUCCCCUAGACUGGCGUGGAGUGGAGAUCCAUCCGGGCUCGGAUUGAUUUCUAACUUUUGCUGGUAAGGAGGCGGCUUGCUUUGGAUGGAUUAUUGUGCAUUCUGUUCUGCUGAAUCUUCUCUUUGCUGCGAGCCCUCAAUCUUCUUCCUUUUUUUUUUCUUCAAAUUAUUGGGAUCUCAAAUCAUAAUAUUUAUUUCUGGGAUGGACAGUCCAAUCCGCCCGUUUUGUUGCGGAUUCGCUUGCUGCGUGGUGGAGUGCUGCAAUCAGUUUUUUUUUUCCAAAAAAAAAAGUGCGCUUCUGUCUCUUGUGCAUACGUGCAGCAUUGUUAAUGCGUUCUCUGGGAAAUGCCAAAACAUUUUUGAUACGCAACAUUGCAACAUUUGGAGGAUUUGUAAGGAAAGGAAGGAGCAACAGCGAUCUGUAUGCGCCUGGGGACAUAAUCAUUUGAAAAUGUGAGUUGAUUACGGUCUAUCAAACGGGAAAUCCCGUGGCGUGGCAUCUACAAAUGCACACAGAUACCAUCUAGACACUGGCAGUUCGGCACCAUCAAGAUUGAAGUGGCAUUGGGAAGCCAUUUCAUUUUUUCAUUAUUGUACCAUUUUGUCAUAUAUAAUUGAAAAUAACGUUUUAUGCUGAUUUGUUCUAAAUCCGUUCUUGUGAUGCCGAGGUCCCAACAUUAGUCUGUAUGUACAGUUGCAGGUGAUCAAGAUCCAAUAGCGGAAAAUAGAAUGUUGUCAUGUUACUGUUUAGAUGACACCAGAUGAUAAUGCCCUUAUUACUUUAAAGAAAGGUAGCAAGCUUAUCAAGUAUAGCCAGAAGGGAAAACCUAAGAUUCGUGAAUUCAGACUUUCUAGUGAUGAAACAUCAUUAGUUUGGUAUUCCAAAAACAAAGAGAAGUGCCUUGGACUGUCUUCAGUGUCUAAGAUCAUUCCUGGACAGAAAACUGCUGUUUUUAGGAGGUUUUUAUGCCCUGAGAAGGACUACCUGUCAUUUUCCCUGAUAUACAAGAACAGACAACGCUCCCUUGAUCUGGUUUGCAAGGAUCAAGCUGAAGUUGAAGUCUGGUUUUCAACACUUGAGACACUAAUUACUUCAUGCUGUAAAAAUUCUUUGACUCCUGGUCUAAGUGAUAGAAUAUCAUUUUCUGACGAAGUAUCGUAUUGUCAAGAUAGCAAUUCGUAUGAUACAAAACUAGAUAUUGCCUCAAGUAUUACACGUAGUUUUCACUCAGCUACUUAUAGCACAACCAAUUCUUUGAGUUCUGCAAGAGCAGAUGUUGGAUCGGAUCGUGCAAAUAUGCUAAGAGCAAGUGCAGGAGACAGUAGCCGGCUUAGUAUUUCCAGUUCCCCUAGUUCUUCGAGUCAAGGUUCUGGAACUGAUGACAUUGAAUCCCUUGGUGAUGUUUAUGUGUGGGGUGAGGCAUGGACUGAUGUGAUCUCCACAGAAGGAUCCUCGAACUAUUUGUGCUCCAAAGCAGACGUUUUAGUUCCUAAACCGCUGGAAUCAGAUGUUGUUUUGGACGUACAGCAGAUAGCCUGUGGUUCGAGGCACAUUGCUCUUACUACCAGGCAAGGAGAAGUAUUCACAUGGGGUGAAGAACUUGGUGGGCGUCUUGGUCAUGGAACUGAUGCAGAUAUUAGCCGUCCCAAACUUGUUGAAUCCUUAGCAGUGUCAAAUGUAGAAUAUGUUGCGUGUGGGGAGUUCCAUACUUGUGCUGUAACUGCCUCUGGUGAUUUGUACAGUUGGGGUGAUGGAUACUACAAUGCUGGAUUGCUUGGGCACGGUGUCGGAGCUAGCCACUGCCUUCCUAAACGAGUCUCAGUACCUUUAGAAGGGCUUCAGGUAUUGUCAAUUGCAUGUGGCUCAUGGCAUUCAGCACUGGUCACAUCUAGUGGAAAAGUGUUCACUUUUGGUGACGGGACAUUUGGUGCUCUUGGACAUGGAAACCGUGAAAGCGUCGCAUACCCAAAGGAAGUUGAAACUUUGAAUGGAUUCAGAACAAUGAAAGUUGCCUGUGGACUCUGGCAUUCCGCAGCAAUUGUGGAGACAAGUAGUCAGGCAGGCAUGAAUGUGGUCUCCAGGAAGCUAUAUACCUGGGGUGAUGGAGACAAAAAUCUUUUAGGUCAUGGGGAUAAAGAUGCUAGGCUAGUUCCUACUUGUGUUCAAUCUCUCAUUGAUUAUAAUUUCCAUCAGGUGGCCUGCGGACAUAGUAUGACUAUUGCCCUCGCUACAUCCGGUCAUGUUUUCACGAUGGGCAGCUCUAGCAAUGGCCAGCUUGGGAAUCCGAAGUCUGACGGUAAACAACCUUGCCUGGUACAGGAUAGGUUGGCUGGUGUAUUGGUUGAAGAGAUCUCAUGUGGCUCACACCAUGUUGCAGUCUUGACUUCACGAAGUGAAGUGUAUACAUGGGGGAUGGGCGCCAAUGGAAGGCUGGGACAUGGUGGCAUUGAAGAUAAGAAAAAACCAACUCUUGUGGAAGCAUUAAAAGAUCGUCAUGUUAAAAGUAUAGCAUGUGGUUCGAAUUUCACGACCUGCAUUUGUAUACAUAAGUGGGUUUCAGGUGCAGAUCAGUCCGUCUGCUCAGGUUGUAGGCAACCGUUUGGCUUCACAAGAAAGAGACACAAUUGUUAUAAUUGCGGGCUUGUUCAUUGCCAUGCAUGUAGUUCAAGGAAAGUACUGAAGGCUGCUUUGGCCCCAACUCCUGGCAAGCCACACCGCGUAUGCGAUUCAUGCUUCAUGAAACUGAAAGGUGCAGAAACCAGCAGCAACAGUUCAUAUAACAAAAGGAAUGUCAUUAAUCGUCGCUCCAUCGAUAGCAAAGAGAAGUCAGAGAGGCCAGAAAUAAGACCUUCUAGGCUUGCAACAACAUCACCAGCAGAACCACUAAAGCAAUCAGAAAUAAAAGCAGUUAGAAACGAGAUAAAACCGGAUCCUAUGUCCAUGAUGAGGGCGUCCCAAGUUCCGUCCAUGUUACCGUUUAAAGAUCUCGCUUUUGGUGGAACAUUUGGUUCAGUUCCAUUUCCAACUAAUACAAAGCCCAUGACAAUGGCAGCUCCAAUGGCAAUGGCCAUGCCUUCGAUGCCACCAUCUCCUCUCAUAAGGAAGCCAAGUCCAUCUCCUGCAAAUCCUCUCUGUGGUAAAAGUGACACUGAUAGCUUGAAGAGGACUAACGAGGUGCUGAAUGAAGAUAUCUCAAAGUUACAAUCUCAGGUUAAUAAAUUGAAGCAAAAAUGUGAAGCCCAAGAAGAGCAACUGCAGAAAUCUGAAAGGAGAGCUGAACAUUCUGCCUCUAUAGCUGCAGCAGAGUCUUCGAGGCGUAAUGAUGUUUUGGAGUUCAUUAGGUUUCUUGACAAUGAGCUCAGGAGUAUUGCAGAUAGGAUGCCUAGUGAUAUUGCUGACAGCUUAAAAACCUUGCGAAGUCAUUCAGAGAGAUUUCUUACGGGACAAAGUCGUCAUCCACCGGAGGUCCCAGGCCCCAGUGGACAUGAACAGCCUGGCCUCUCAAGUGGUGGAGGUACAACAUGCCAUAAGUCAAUAAGCAUGGGCAACCUGGUAAUGUCUCAGGAUGGCAGUACUGGAAAUGCUAGUGGCUCAGCCGUUUCCAUGUCGAGUGAAUCUCCAUGCCAUCGUAUCAUAGAAAACGGCUCGAGGGCCAAUGGCGACUUUGCACCAAGGUAUGGUACUCAUGGAGAAGUGCAACUGAUUGAGCAGUUUGAGCCAGGGGUGUAUGUGACACUGAUCCAGCUGAGAGAUGGUACCAAAGUAUUCAAGCGUGUUAGAUUCAGCAAGAGGAGAUUUGCCGAGAACCAGGCGGAGGAAUGGUGGAGGGAGAACCAGGAGAGAGUAUUCAGGAAAUACAACCAUCCGACUCAGCAGGUUCCUCUGACACCGUAGGCAAAUGCAGCAUCCCCUCAUGAGGAAUACUAUCGUCCACCCUUCUGAACUUAGUUUUAGAAGAGCUUUUGGGAGAAGCAAACUCCUGCAUUUUGCUUGGAGCUUCCCCGAUGACGCGAACCUCUUUGCGGCAACUCUGAUGAGAUAGAUUAGAUUGUGAAGAUACUGACAUGUUUCCAUUCCUUUGUGCCUGCUUACUGAAAUGGCAGUUUGCGGUACUUUUGCUGACCAGAAGCGCUUGUAGUUUGUCGCGAAAGCUUUCUUUUAUUGGCAGGACGGCCUCCAG